UCACUUCUUGGCCCCAUGAAACUGCUUAUCUUACGGCAACAACUUAAAUCUUUAACUUUAUAUGUAUAUUGCCGUUCAUUUGUUACCAUGAUGUCGUACCGCACAGUUGGAGAGUGUACUAACGUUAGUGGUUUCAAAACAACUUUGAUAUCUUUAUACUUGAUCCAGAGUAUACAGUAACUCAUAUCUGCUAGCUAGCUGCAUAGUUGAGCUAACGACGUGAGCCAUGUCUCGACUCUCCAAAAAAUCACCGUCUGUUUGCACUGAUUGUCCGUUGAGUAACAGUGAAAUCUAUCGUAAAAUUAGCCUUAUGAGGCAGAUCCUCUCGUCUUCUUUCGGACCCAAAGGCAGACUGAAGCAACUACACAACAACGUGGGAGGCCACGUCAUAACAACGUCUACGUCGUCUGUGCUCCUUCAAGCCGUUCCGUCAUCGGAACCUUUGCUCAAACUUAUCACAGCUUCGAUUCUUAAUCAUGUGUCGCGUUUUAGUGACUGUGGUUUGUUUACUGGCAUUCUUUGCUUUUCCCUCAUUCACCAAGCGAGGGAGUCUGGUCUAAGGGGAAGCGUUGCAAUAGAAGUGUACAGACAAAUAUUGGGAAUGUGUACCAGUUAUCUUAAUCAGGAAGAUUGCUCUUGUAAAGUCAAAAUAGACUACACCAGCAGCCAGAGUCUGGUAACUUUAGCCCACACUGUAAUAUCCAGCAAACCAGCUUGUAUGCUGACAGAGAGAGAACUACAGCAUGUCAGCACACUGACUGUCCAGGCCUUCUUACUGUCUGUCCCAUGCAACUCCCCAGAAAAGGUCUGUCUAGGCAGGACAGUGACCGUCCCCAUCGAGGGGCAGCCUGUGCUCGACUCUGUCGUGUUUCCAGGUUUGCUGGUGGAGGCACCAGAAAUGCUUUCCCUCACAAAUGUGGAUAAGCUGUCAGUCGGACUCCGCCUGGUGUUGUUCAAUGUGUCUCUCUCCGGGGAUCUGGCUGGCCUGGGUGAGGGGACUGUGGAGGUGCAGCCAGGGGCUGAUCCAGAGUCAGACGUCCUGGAGCAGCUCCUGAAACUGGGGGAGCAGGCGGUGAAGGAGAACGUGGUCGUGUUUGCCUGUCAGAAGGUAAUCCAUCCAGUCCUGCAGCAUUACCUCAGGAGACACAAUGUCGUUGUGAUAGAGAGACUAGGAGUCACACAAGUGGAGCCAAUCCUUCAGAUGACGGGUGCUCAGCCUGUAUCCACGUUCUACUGUCCAAUCCCGCCUGGGGCUUACGGACAGGUGAAAGGUGUGACCGUAAAACAGUUUGGAUCCAAACAGAUGCUUCAUCUGCUUCCUGUUGGGGAGUCGGUCGUCUGCACCAUGGUCCUCUGCCACAGGAAUGAAACCAUGCUCAGCGAGCUGAGGGUGGCGUGUGGGAAGGCAGAGCGGGUGCUGAGGCUGACCCUGAGAGAACCCUCUGCUCUCUUAGGAGGCGGGUGCACAGAAACACACCUGGCAGCUCACAUUAGACACAAGAGCCUGGAAGGAGGAGCAGAGUCAGCAUGUGCAGUUGGGUGUUCUCAGGCCGAGUAUCUGCUGGGAACACGGGCAUUCUGCUGCUCCCUGGAGUCUGUGGCCCGCGCGCUGGAGCACGAGGGUGGAGAAUGCCUCAUAGAUCUGUCACAUGCUCACCGGUGGACCGUUCCCAGAGACGAGGCCACUCGGGGCCGGUGGGGGGGCGUGGCGAGCGCCUGUGGGUGUGGUCUGCUGGAGAACAGGCCGGGGCUGGACUGGACCCCCCUUAACUGCCGCUACCUGGAGUUCCCCCCGGCAGGUGUGAGUAGAACGUCCACUGCCAAGCCUCGGCUGCUGGACUCUUUCACAGCCAAGCUCAAUGCUCUGCAAGUUGCCGUGGAGACCGCUAAUCUUGUGUUGGAUAUUAGGUAUAUCAUUCAAGAUGUAAACUAGUGAGAUUGUGCUUUUUACGUGGUAGAAUGUUUGAUUGAUUAGAGCGUUUUUACUGUGUGUCUUUUCUGUAUGUGCUGUGUAGGCCUGUUUUGUAAUACCUUACUUCUGACACUAGGUGUAAGUAGUGUUUAUUAAUUAUACUUCUGGGAAGGGAUUCUGUAAAUACUUCCAUAGAAAUCAUAGAGGAUAAAAUAAGUCAAUAUGAAUGUCUUCCAUGAAUAUGUCAAUAUAUUUCAUAUAUUUGGAAGUUUAACUUUGAUAUUAUUAAAUAAACUUAUCAUGUCAACACAAAAGAGAAAAUACUAGAAAAGCCAUGAGAUAAAGAAAAUAAAGAGUUUAUUAGCAUAUUUUG